UCGAUCCGGGUGGAAAAACGAAAGAAAGGAGAGAGAAAGAAACGAAAAGAGGGCGGCGAGUUGGCCAAUAAUAAAUGAGAAGAGCUGACGAAGCAGAGCAGAAACAGAGGAAACAGAGGAAAGACAGUCAAGACGCCAUUUUUGCAACGCUUUGCCCAUUUCCAUUUUCUUGAUUGUCUUCCUCCUUUUGGCUUCUCUUUUCGAGAUUCCCUCUCUUUCUCUCUCUACCUUACCCACCAUUUAUUGGGUUACUGCAUUUGCCUCUGCUGGGCUGGAUUCGAGCUCUGCACUUUUCAUCCCCGGCGCCCCUCCUCCUUCGCCUAUAUAAGAGCGGGGACCCAUUUCGCAUCGCGAGCUCCCUCUUCCCUCUUUCGCUUCGGCGUCCCUUCGAUUCUCUCCUCUUCCGUCGCGUUGCCCGCGCGUUGAUCCGGGGUGGAGCGUGGGGGGUGGGGGUGUCCGCGGAAAGAUGGUGGCCGAUGGGAAGUCCAGGUCCGACAUCUCCUUGGCCGGAACCUUCGCCAGCAGCGCUUUCGCCGCUUCUUUCGCCGAGAUCUGCACUAUUCCUUUGGAUACUGCCAAAGUCAGGCUUCAGCUUCAAAAGAAAGCUGCUCCUGGUGACGCCCUGGCCUUGCCCAAGUAUAGGGGCAUGCUUGGCACGGUUGCCACCAUCGCAAGGGAAGAAGGUCUAACUUCACUUUGGAAAGGCAUUGUGCCAGGGAUACAUCGUCAGUGUCUAUUUGGAGGGCUUAGAAUCGGGAUGUAUGAACCGGUUAAGACCUUCUAUGUGGGUAAAGACUUUGUUGGAGAUGUUCCAUUGUCCAAGAAAAUUCUUGCUGCCCUCACAACUGGUGCUGUAGGAAUUGCAGUGGCAAACCCAACUGAUCUCGUGAAAGUGAGGCUUCAAUCUGAAGGAAAAUUGCCCCCUGGUGUACCUAGACGCUACUCUGGAGCACUUAGCGCUUAUUCGACAAUUAUCAGACAGGAAGGUGUGGCUGCUCUUUGGACGGGUGUUGGACCAAAUAUAGCACGAAAUGCUAUAAUCAAUGCUGCUGAGCUUGCCAGCUAUGAUCAAAUCAAGGAGACUGUUUUGAAAAUUCCGGGAUUCUCAGACAACGUUUUCACUCAUCUCCUUUCUGGUCUCGGGGCAGGAUUUUUUGCCGUCUGCAUUGGCUCUCCAGUUGAUGUGGUCAAGAGUAGAAUGAUGGGAGAUCCUACUUACAAAAGCACCCUUGAUUGCUUCGCAAAGACACUGAGAAACGAUGGGCCUUUAGCAUUCUAUAAGGGCUUCAUUCCAAAUUUCGGAAGGCUGGGAUCUUGGAAUGUGAUCAUGUUCCUAACGUUAGAGCAGGCAAAGAAAUUUGUCAAAAAUUUAGAAUCUUCUUGAGUUCAAAGGAUAAGGUGCCGGCUCUCACAAUAAUUGCUAAUUACAUGGGAUGUCUGUUGACCAGGGAAGCUGGUCUCAAAAUAAUAAAGCCCCAAUCGGUCAUUAUUAUUCGGAUUUCACUCAUUGUUAAAGAGGAACCAAGCAAAAGGAACGGCUAGGUGGUCAUUGCAACUUUGAAUUUUUUGCUGGUUGCUGUCUUUUCUUGCUCUGUUCUUUCACCAGUUGACUAUCAGAACUAUGACUGUUUCUCUUGGUUAAAAUUGCCGGAGGAAAUUCAAACUUGCUGAGCCAAUCAAUUGAAUAUCAUGCUCAUUUCAAAAAAAUUAUUCAGAUG